AUGUCGUAUAUGUUGCAGCAUCUCAGGUCCGGCUGGGCGGUGGACCAAGCUAUUGUGACAGAGGAAGAAAGAUUGGUGUGUAUUAGGUUCGGACACGACUACAAUCCUGAAUGUAUUAAGAUGGACGAACUGCUCUACAAGGUAGCUGAUGAUGUCAAAAACUUCUGUGUGAUAUACCUGGUGGAUAUCACCGAGGUACCAGACUUCAAUGGAAUGUACGAGUUGUACGAUCCAGUAUCGGUCAUGUUUUUUUAUCGCAACAAACACAUGAUGAUCGACUUGGGUACAGGAAACAACAACAAGAUCAACUGGGCAAUGAAUAACAAGCAGGAGCUAAUCGAUAUCAUAGAGACGAUUUUCCGUGGAGCCCGCAAGGGCAGGGGGCUGGUGAUCUCUCCAAAGGACUACUCCACUAAGUACAAGUAUUAA